AUGGCAGCUCCCAAGAAAGUGUGCGUGGUGGGCUCCGGAAACUGGGGCUCAGCCAUCGCCAAAAUAGUAGGCGCCAAUGCAGCUGCCAACCCCAAGUUUGACAGUGUGGUCAACAUGUGGGUCUUCGAGGAGAUGGUUGACGGCCGCAAGCUCACGGAAAUCAUCAACACGGACCACGAGAAUGUGAAGUACCUGCGCGGGCACAAGCUUCCUCCAAACGUGGUGGCUGUCCCCGACCUGGUGGAGUCAGUCAAGGGUGCUGACAUCCUCAUGUUCGUGGUCCCCCACCAGUUCAUCAUCCGUGUGUGCGACACCAUCAAGGGCCACAUCAAGAAGGACGCCCACGGUGUGUCGCUUAUUAAGGGAGUGGACGCCGGUCCGGAGGGUCUAAAACUGAUAUCCGAGGUCAUCCGAGGGAAGCUUGGUAUCGGUAUGUCGGUUCUGAUGGGCGCCAACAUUGCUAGCGAGGUGGCAGAGGACAAGUUCUGCGAGACCACGAUAGGUUGCAAGGACGUAGCGCACGGACCCAUCCUGAAGGAACUGAUGCAGACCCCCAACUUCCGGGUGACGGUGGUCCAAGAGUCUGACGUUGUGGAGAUCUGCGGGGCACUCAAGAACAUCGUAGCAGUAGGCGCAGGCUUCUGCGACGGCCUCGGUUUUGGCGACAACACCAAGGCGGCCGUGAUCCGUCUGGGUCUGAUGGAGAUGAUCGCCUUUGCCAAGGUCUUCUGCGUCGACGGUCCUGUCUCGGCCAGCACUUUCUUGGAGAGCUGCGGCGUCGCCGACCUCAUCACCACCUGCUACGGCGGCCGCAACCGCAAGAUCGGGGAAGAGUUUGCCAAAACUGGAAAAACCAUCGAACAGCUGGAGAAGGAACUCCUGAAUGGUCAAAAACUUCAAGGUCCGGCCACCGCAACGGAGGUCCACCAAAUCCUGAAGCAGAAAAACAUGGUGGCCAAGUUCCCUCUUUUCACCGCCGUCCAGCAGAUCUGCUUCGACGGCCACCCGGUCGCAGAAUUCAUCAGCUGCCUGCAGAACCACCCCGAGCACAUGUAA